GCAGCAGCGGCCGGAGCCCGGUGAGGCGGCGGCGGAGCUCGGAGGCGGCCCCGGCCAUCGCAGACUUCUCAUUCCCAAGCAUUAGACGAAUGGAGGAGGAGGAGAAGGCAGAGAGGAAGAUGCUCUGGGACCCCCAGGCAGGCACUGAGCUGCAGAGGGAGACCAGGGAGGACAAAUCCCCGCAGCAGAACCUCGUGGACGAGGCCGUUUUGAGCAGCUCCAAUGGGGAGGAAUCCAAUGGGGAGGAAAUGCCAAAGGGAUCCCCCACAGGGAGGGGCUCCAAACCCAUCCCAGGGUGCUCUGAGGAGAAAAGACCCCCCCUUGGCUUCAUCCAGAGAUCCAACCUGGUGGUCCAUGAGCAGCUUCACACCGGGGAGAAGCCCUACUGGUGCUUGGAAUGUGGGAAGAGCUUCAGCCACACCUCCCACCUCUUCAUCCACCACCAAGUACACACGGGGCAAUGGCCCUACCAGUGCUUGGAAUGUGGCAAGAGCUUCAACUGCACCUCCCAUCUCAUCCCCCACAUGCGGCAGCACACAGGGGAACGGCCCUACGAGUCCUUCAGUGAAAAAGACAACCUUUCUGGCAAGGGGGCAGCCACCGGGAGCAAGGGAAACAUCUCAGAAACCUCCAGCAACAAUGCAGCUCCCCGCCUCUCCAUCAACUAG